AUAGACGGGGCCCAGGAGCUGACCCCGGCCCUCCCGUUCGCUUCCGGUGUAGCAUGCAGAGACGUGAAGCCCGGGCCACGACGACGACCCCUCAGGCCGCAGAGACGCGAAGCCCGGCCACGACGACGACCCCUCAGGUACCGAUGUUUUCAGAAACCCUCAAACAGAUUGGGUAGCGCUUCCCUGGGGGCAGGUUUCUGGGCAGGUGCCCAGACGCACCUAGAAGCUGACCCCGGCCCUCCCGCUCACUUCCGGUCCAGGCCGCAGAGACGCGAAGUCCGGCCACGACGACGACCCCUCAGGUACCGAUGUUUUCAGAAACCCUCAAACAGAUUGGGUAGCGCUUCCCUGGGGGCAGGUUUCUAGGCAGGUGCCCAGACGCGCCUAGAAGCUGACCCCGGCCCUCCCGCUCACUUCCGGUCCAGGCCGCAGAGACGCGAAGUUCGGCCACGACGACGACCCCUCAGGGGCCCUGUUUUCUGUUACAAUGGAUCGAGAUUUAGAACAGGCUCUGGAUCGCGCAGAGAAUAUCAUUGAAAUUGCCCAACAGAGACCUCCUAGAAGGAGAUACUCACCUAGGGCGGGAAAAACUCUGCAGGAAAAACUUUAUGACAUUUAUGUUGAAGAAUGUGGAAAAGAGCCUGAGGAUCCUCAGGAAUUGAGAAGCAAUGUAAACUUGUUAGAAAAGCUUGUUAGGAGAGAGUCCUUGCCAUGUUUACUGGUCAAUCUAUACCCAGGCAAUCAGGGGUAUUCUGUGAUGCUCCAGAGAGAAGAUGGGUCCUUUGCAGAGACCAUUCGGCUGCCUUAUGAAGAAAGGGCAUUGCUGGACUACUUGGAUGCAGAAGAAUUACCCCCUGCUUUGGGUGAUGUCCUGGAUAAAGCUUCGGUUAACAUUUUUCAUAGUGGGUGUGUCAUAGUAGAAGUUCGUGACUACAGGCAGUCCAGUAAUAUGCAACCUCCUGGUUACCAAAGCAGGCAUAUUCUCCUACGUCCAACGAUGCAGACUUUAGCCCAUGAUGUGAAGAUGAUGACAAGAGAUGGCCAGAAAUGGAGCCAGGAAGACAAGCUUCAGCUUGAGAGCCAGCUGAUCUUAGCGACAGCUGAACCACUGUGUCUCGAUCCUUCUGUAGCAGUUGCCUGCACUGCAAACAGGCUGCUGUACAACAAGCAAAAGAUGAAUACCGACCCGAUGAAACGGUGCCUCCAGAGGUAUUCGUGGUCCUCUGUAAAGCCACAGCAGGAGCAGUCUGACUGUCCACCUCCUCCUGAGCUGAGAGUGUCGACUUCUGGCCAAAAAGAAGAAAGAAAAGCAGGUCAGCCUUGUGAGCUGAACAUUGCUAAAGCAGGAAGUUGUGUAGACACGUGGAAACGCACACCCUGUGAUUUGGCCGUGCCUUCAGAAGUGGAUGUGGAGAAACUUGCUAAAGGGUAUCAGUCCGUCACAGCUGCUGACCCACAGCUCCCAGUCUGGCCAGCCCAGGAGGUAGAAGACCCUUUCGGAUUUGCGUGGGAAGCUGGCUGUCAGGCCUGGGACACCAAGCCAAGCAUCAUGCAGUCGUUUAAUGAUCCGCUUCUCUGUGGUAAAAUACGGCCACGUAAAAAAGCCAGGCAGAAGAGCCAGAAGUCUCCCUGGCAGCCCUUCCCAGAUGACCAUUCAGCUUGUCUCAGGCCUGGGUCAGAGACUGAUGCUGGGAGGGCAGUGAGUCAGGCCCAGGAAUCGGUGCAGAGCAAAGUCAAAGGUCCAGGCAAGAUGUCACACAGCUCCAGUGGCCCAGCCAGUGUUAGUCAGCUCUCUUCAUGGAAAACACCAGAACAGCCUGAUCCUGUGUGGGUCCAGUCUUCAGUAUCGGGGAAGGGAGAGAAACAUCCACCUCCCCGCACCCAACUUCCCUCAAGCUCAAGAAAGAUUUCCUCAGGUAACAGUUUUCCCCCACAACAGGCAGGCAGCCCUCUUAAGCGUCCAUUUUCUGCUGCUGCUGCUAUUGUUGCUGCUGCUGCUGCUGCUGCUGCCGCUGCUCCUGCUGUAGCUGCUGCUCCUGCUGCUGCUCCUGCUGCUGCUGCUUCUGCGGCACCAAGUCAUUCUCAGAAGCCCUCUGUGCCUCUCAUUCAAGUUAGCAGGCCCUGUCCAGCUGCCCAGCCCCCCACCAAAUUCAUAAAAAUAGCGCCAGCCAUUCAGUUGAGGACAGGCUCCACUGGCCUAAAGGCCAUCAAUGUGGAGGGCCCAGUCCAGGGAGCCCAGGCUUUGGGGAGCAGUUUCAAGCCUGUGCAGGCCCCUGGCUCGGGUGCCCCCGCUCCUGCAGGAAUCAGUGGCAGUGGCCUUCAGUCCUCAGGAGGUCCACUACCAGAUGCAAGGCCCGGUGCAGUGCAGGCAUCUUCUCCAGCACCCCUUCAGUUUUUCCUAAAUACUCCGGAAGGUCUCAGGCCUCUGACACUCCUCCAGGUUCCGCAGGGCUCGGCGGUUCUGACCGGCCCGCAGCAGCAGUCCCAUCAGCUGGUUUCCCUGCAGCAGCUCCAGCAGCCCACAGCUGCUCACCCUCCUCAGCCAGGGCCACAGGGUUCCGCACUAGGUUUGAGCACACAAGGGCAGGCCUUCCCUGCUCAGCAACUUCUUAAGGUGAACCCCACUAGAGCCAGAAGUGGUCUGCAGCCCCAGCCCCAGGCUGCUGUGUUGAGUCUGCUUGGCUCUGCCCAGGUUCCUCAGCAGGGUGUCCAGCUCCCCUCUGUCUUGAGGCAGCAGCAGCCACAGCCACAGCCGCUGAAGCUGCAACUGCAACCGCAGUGGCAGCCACAGCCACGGCAGGAGCAGCCACAGUCGCAGCAGCAGCAGCCGCAGCAUAUCCAGCUCCAGACUCAGCAGUUGAGAGUCUUGCAGCAGCCGCAGCAUAUCCAGCUCCAGACUCAGCAGCCAGUGUUUUUGGCAACAGGCGCUGUUCAGGUAGUGCAGCCGCAUCCAGGUGUGCAAGUAGUGAGCCAGUUGGUAGGUCAGAGGAAGGAAGGCAAGCCAACCCCUCCAGCGCCCUGAGGCUUGUGGUAGUUUGUCUCUCUUUUAAAAGCACAGGAGCAUUGACUCAAAUGAUUUCCCAGUUUUUACUUGAGUUUUUUUUUUUUUUUCAUGUUUCGGUAUUUUACAUUUUAAAGUACACAGUUUACACAGAAGCACAAUCCACUGAUUUUUAUUUAGAAACGGAAGUGAUUUCCUAAAGGAGCGUUGUUUUGCUUAAGUUACUCUUUUUGUUGUCAUUGCUGCUGUUGAUAUAAUUAUUUUUAAUAUAGUGUUUUAAAGUGUCCAAAUCCCAACCAGUUUGAAUCUAAACUCGUGAAACAUAUAAUUUCUCUAAAGCCGUAAAAUGGCAAUACCAACAAUAUUAAGUUAAUAUUUUAACAAGAUUUUAAUUUUAAGUUAAUAUUUUAACAAGAAGAGUGGGAUUAAAUUUAUUUUAAUGGUGGUAAAAACAUAUAAUCUAAAAUGGACCACAUUAACUAUUUUAAGCACGCGGUUCAAUAGUAUUAAGUCCAUCCCCACGGUUGUGCCGCAGAUCUCAAGACCAUUUUGCAACACUGAAACUCAUGCCCAUUGAACACCAGCUCCCCAUUCUCCCUUGCCCAGUCCCUGGCAGCCAUUGUUCUACUUUCUUUCUCUAUGAGUUGACUACCCUGGCCACUUCAUGGAAGUGGAAUCAUAUGGCAUUUGUCAUUUGAUGAGUGUCUUAUCUCACUUGGCAUAAUGUCCUCAUGAUCUAUCCCUGCUGUCUCAUGUGAUGUGAAGGUCAUUGCUUUUUAAAAAUGGUUUCCCUGUACAUAAUAUAUAUGAAAGUGACUUAUGAAUUCUGAGAAACCUCUUUCAGAAGAAUUCUGAAAGAGUGUAAUCGUAUUUAGAUUAAUAGGUUUAUGUACAAUAUAUGGAAUGGAAUUAUUACACAUUCAUUUUGAAAAAUGAAACGAAAAAGUACAAUACAGUGAUCCUUGUCACACUGCGAUUGAAUACAUGGGAGACCUCUAAAGCUGUGGAAUGGAAUUAGUGGCAGAUUUGCUUGUGUGACAGUCCCCUGCCCUUUCAAAGGCCCUGUCUGCACCUAGUGCUCCAUAGAGCAAGGCUUUCUCCCUGGCUUUGAAAAGGCUCUUUUUGGAUGUUUUGUGUGCUCUCUUUAUAAAAUCAUUUACAUUUUUUGUAGGUUGUUUGCGAGAAGUUAAUAGUGAAACAUUUGAAAAUCCAUUUUAUUGGUUUGCUUUUCAAAUAUCUGUAGCCUUGUUUCUUAAGUAGAACCCCCGUCUUUUUCUUUGUCUUUUUCUCUUUGUUGAUGCAUCAUCAUCAGUUGUUCAGCUGUUUCUGCUCCCUCAUUUUUUCCCUUGUUCCAGUGAGACUCAAAGAACCAUGAAGUUUUGUGCCCCUUUGUCUUCCCUUUCUUUUUUCUUUUUUAACAACUAAGGGGUAAUCACAGAUCAACCAACCAUUGUAAAGUACAAUUGUAAAGUGGCAUUUAGUACAUUCAUGAUGUUGUACAACUACCCCUUCUGUUUCCAAAACAUUUUCAUCACCCACCAAGCAAUCUCUGUACCCAUUAAGCACUAGCGUGUUAUCUUCACACCCCCAGCCUCUGGCAACCACCAAUUUGCUUUCUGUUUCUAUGGAUUUACCUAAAUAUUUCCUGUAAAUGUAGUCAUACAGUAUGUGAUCUUUUGUGUCUGGCCUCUCACUCGGCAUAAUGUUUUUGAAGUUCAUCUAUGUUGUAAAAUGUAUUGCUACUUCAUUCCUAUCUGUGGUUCAAUAAUAUUCCGUUGUUUGUAUGUAGCAGAUUUUGUACAUUCAUCCGAUGAUAGACAGUUGGUUUUUGUCUGCCUUUUGGCUGUCGUGCAUAGGGCUGCUGUCAACAUUUGUGUAGAAGUAUUUGUUUUAGUGCCUCUUAUAUUUUGCUCUGUUACAGCUUUGAAGGGUACCAUGUUUAUAUAAUAUUUGUUUUUCUAAGUAUACAUGUAUGUUUCUCUGCCUUUUGCCUUAACGAAAUGAAAAGAAGUUUGGUCUGGCGGUUCCAAAAGACAUCAGUGAAGAGGCAGGUAACUGGUUAAUCUUACUUGACAAAACCUAUUACUAAUGUGCUACUGAUGCUGUUAAAGAAAGACUUGGCCAACUUCAAGAAAACACAUCAAAUUUCCUGAGUGACACCAAGUCCAUCAGAUCAUCCUGGGCAUAAUUGGAAAUGGUGCCUGCACUUUUAAGAAGCGAACCAGUGCAACGACUGGUUGCAAAGAAGAGUUUCUCCUUAGCUUUGGGUGCCAACUAGAGACCUGAACUCAGAAUAUCAUCAGAUUUGGUCUACUUCCUUCCUUUGUUGUCUAUCUGGUCCUUUCAAGUACUACAUGGAGCUACCAGCCAAACUUGUGCUUGAGUGAUGUGGCUCUUUCCUCCCAGGCAGGCAAAUAAAUUCAGCUUUGUUUCA